UCAACUAGCACUGGAUCGCUAAAUUCUGCUGCAUAGAGGUUCUGACUGUACUACUGAACAGACUUCGGCUAAUUUCGUGUCAAAAAUUAUAAAAAGAUGAAUGACGCAACGUUCAAUAUCGAUGGUGGUUAUCUUGAAGGGCUUGUGAGAGGAUUUAAAGGCGGGAUCCUCAGACAACCAGACUACCUGAAUCUUGUACAGUGUGAAAUCUUGGAAGAUUUGAAGCUGCAUCUGCAGAGCACAGACUAUGGUAACUUCCUGCAGAAUGAGCCAUCCCCACUCUCAGUAUCAGUCAUCGAUGACAAGCUCAAGGAGAAGUUAGUAACAGAGUUCCAGCACAUGAGAAAUCAUGCAGUUGAACCCAUGUCAAAGUUCAUGGACUUUGUCACGUAUAGCUACAUGAUUGACAACAUCAUCCUGUUGAUCACAGGAACACUGCAUCAUCGUUCCAUCUCUGAACUCAUCCCUAAAUGCCAUCCACUGGGUAGCUUUGAGCAGAUGGAAGCAGUCAAUGUAGCCCAGACACCGGCUGAUCUCUACAAUGCCAUCAUUGUCGACACACCUCUUGCUCCUUUCUUCCAAGAUUGCAUCUCAGAGCAGGAUCUGGAUGAGAUGAAUAUAGAGAUCAUCCGUAAUACCCUCUACAAGGCCUACCUAGAGGCCUUCUAUAAGCUGUGCAAGGAUAUUGGAGGGGCCACAGCAGACUCCAUGUGUACCAUCCUUGGGUUUGAAGCUGAUCGCAGAGCAUUCAUCAUCACCAUCAACUCAUUCGGGACAGAACUGACCAGAGAGGACCGAUCUAAGCUGUACCCCCGAUGCGGUCAGCUCCACCCAGAUGGUCUGGCUGCCCUGUCUAAGUGCGAUGACUAUGAUCAGGUCAGAGCAGUGGCAGAAAGCUAUCCAGAGUACAAGAUGCUGUUUGAAGGUGCAGGAACUAACCCAGGUGACAAGACAUUAGAAGACAAGUUCUUUGAGCAUGAGGUCAGGCUAAACAUCAAUGCAUUCCUCCAGCAAUUCCACUUUGGCGUCUUCUACGCUUACGUCAAGCUAAAGGAGCAAGAGUGCAGAAACAUUGUCUGGAUCGCAGAGUGUGUAGCCCAGCGACAGCGAGGCAAGAUUGACAACUACAUUCCUAUCAUGUAAAAUCAGAGAUUUUUAAAUUAUAUCCACAUGUGCAGGGUGUUGGGCGAACCUACUAAGUCUUAAUAAAUCAUCCUUGAUUGGACAAUCACUUUAACCCUGUGGAAACUGAUGUUACGUUUUAUCAAAGGAAGACCCAUAUAGAUGUCAGUUUAAAGAAAAUCAUGUGGUAUUGCAUGGGUUAUGGUGGUAGAUGUUCAAAUAUUCCCAAGUGUUAGUUAGUUUAUAAGAUCCUUUUUCUGGUUAAUUUUCUGGUCUGAUCUGUCACCAUAUUGUCUGUUCAGAGCCAGAAUGGUAUUAAUGCUGUGUUAAAGUACCUGUAUAUGAAAAAACAGGAUACUGACAGGAAAAAUUUGGGGAAAGAGAAGCACAAGGAGAUAGUGCAUCAAAUACAUGGAUAAGUUCAUUGGGCUCACUGGUAAUAGAAGUUUUGUCACAUUACAAAGAACCAGAGCUAGAAGUAGAUAGAAAGCCUUGAUCGCCAAUACCUGGAAAAGACAAGGCACCUAGUAAGAAGGCAAUAUAUAUGAGUUCAUGCCUAUCUGGUUCCAAGCAGACAAUAUAUUCAGGCAAAUGUAUCACAAUGCAACUUUCAGAAAAUAAUCAUGCAUGGAUCCGAAAAAGAUCAGAUAAGGAAGAAGAGUAUAUUGUGUUGUUCAGCACCCUGCAUAUACAUGUAAUUUUGAAUAGAAUCCAUGUGUUUUUAUUUGAUGUCUUAUUAGUGGCAUUGAUGCCAUGUCAAGUUUAUUUUGUUCUUUGUGUAUUUUUUGGACAGUGGUAUUUCAAACAACGUACUCUAUAACAAAUGUUUUGUGUUAUUCAUUCCAUCCCCAAAGAAUAUGUAUGAAGAUCAAUAAUCAUGCCCUCUUAGUAAGAAGACGAAUAUUAUAGUGAGAAGAUUUGAUAGGAGUCUCUGUUACUGUGUCAGAAUUUCAGUUUUUGCAUCAAUUCAUCUUCCUGUGUUGAUCAUUCAUCAGCACUUCAAUGAGCUAUUCUAUAUACUGUACAUUAAUAGUUGAUCAGGUGAUUAGUGUUUCUAUUAUUGCUUCUAUAGCCCAUACAAUAAUCAGCUAGCGUACAACAGACUUUGAACUCCUUUUGUUUGUAAAGCAGAGAAAAUUUGCAUACGGUACUUAUUCAUACAUUAGUAAUUGUUAUUUGAUAUUACAAGUGUUAUGGCAUUAAUUACCAUGAUCAACUAAAAAGGUAUUAUAGUUUUUAACAUUAAUGAAAUAACAUUACUUUCAGUGUAUUAUGUCGCAGAAGACAGUGAAUAUGUCACAUUAUUGUUUCAAUCUUCAUUUUAUAACACACAUGUGCAAUUUUAUGUAAAAUGUAAUCCAAACAAAUUGUGUACAGUAAAUGCCAGUUCUUGGGAAGAACAGAUGAAACCAUGUAUGGUAUAUUAUGAGGUAUUUAGUGUAUUUCAGGUUAAUGUACGUCAAGGUUAUAGAUUUCAUUCAUAAAGUCGAGUCAUGCUAGUUUUUAGGGGCUCAUAUACAUGUAUAUGUUCCUUUCAUCUCUAUUUUAAUUUCUAUUUGAUAAAAAAUGCAAAUUUGUUCACUCUAUAACAUUUAACCAAACCAUAUGUAAGUACAGGGGAGGUAUCAACACUGCAUGUAUGUCAUUUUAUGAAUCAUCAAGUUUUUAAAGAGUGGUUAUUUAAAAUCAAAUCAGCAUUAUUUUUGGAUUUUGGACUUUCCUAAUUAUACAUGUAUGUAUCUAUCCUAAUCUAUUUUGUUUUAAUCUAAUUAAAAAAAUACAUAAGAUUUUUCAAUGUUAUCAUUUUAUGCCAUUGAGGUUAAAAGGUACAUGUAUUACUAAGUAAUGUUUGUCAUGAUGAACAUUUUAGUUUCAGCAUAUCAGGAGGCUGAUUGUAUAGUUAAAUUAGAAUGUUUUUUUUUUAUGAAUCAUAACUUUAAAAGAAAAGAAAGAAAAACAUAAAGAAAUCUAUCCCUUCUCUUAAUGGUACAAUUUAUGGAAACAAAUAUGACGUAAUUAUAACAGCUCUGUACAGUCAUUUCAGCCACAUUAAUGAUUAGAAUAUCAUUCUUCAACAGAAAUUGCUCACUUCUCUUUUGAUUUUCAUGGCUGCUUUGGUAAUGGCUACGUUGGCUACUCUAUCAAAUUGUUGGUGCUAGCAUUAUGGGUUACCUAUUCCAAUUCAACUUUGAACAUAUUUCAUAAAUUAAAUACUACACCACAUGGUAAAUACAAUCUUGUAAGUUGUAAUGAUCAAUUUGGUUAGGUUUCUCAUCAUUUCCUGUUGAUUAAACUCUGUUUGAUUUUAUUCCAUUAACACUAAUUCUGCAGCAUUUAUUGAGUGGCCAAUAUGCUGUUCACAUAAAAAUGCAAAAGUAGAAGUUCAGCAUGGAAUCUAGAUUAUAUAUGUGUUGUCAUAGGUUUUAGAGAAUGGUCAGUACUUGUCAAUUAAAAAUGUGGUUCUAUAGGAGGUGAAAAUUGACAUUGGUAUGGAUGUACAUGUACAUUGAAAAUGUUAUGUCAGAUAUGUUAGCUAUUGUUAUCAGAAUUAUAUUAUAUAUCAAUAAAUAAAUAAAUAUAUCAUGUAAUGGAAA